GCAUCUGCCGGUAACUCAGAUGAGGCAGAUGCCACGAACCGCCGACGUCGACGACGUGAGCUGGGAAUGGCACGUCCUUUGGUGCCUGGUGAUGAUGAGGCACUGCGUGAUCUGCUCGCCCAGUCGCCGUUGAAGAGCUCUUGCAGCGAAUCGACUGGGGCAUCGAAAUCGGAACCCGUGCGUCCCCUGACCUGCUCCUUUCCCGGACAGCGUCAUCCCGAGGUGGCUGUGCGCACUAUGACGGCUGUGCUGCCAACGCCACGACCACUGCAUGCCCCACAGCAGUCGGUGAGGAGUGUAACGCAGAAGUUCAAUGAGCGAACCCGUGCGGAUCUGGCCGAAAUUAAGAAGAUUGUGGAUCAAUCGGAGGAGGUGCCACAGCAGCAGCCAGAGGAGAUGUCGAGUCAGAAAAUGUCUGCUGCAGUUCUGCGACGCAAAAGCACGGAUGAGGCAGGAGCCGCCGGAGGUGCACACGGCUCUCCCCCAGCCCCAAAUCAGAUUGUUUCUAUACUAAAGAAAAAAGAACAAGCCUUUGGCGACUGCAAUUCGAGUGCCUCGAGCAAUGCCUCGCCAGUGACGUUCUCAUCGAGCGUAAUGGAUCCACCGCUGGCGGGGACUGCCCGCAGCAAGCGCCAGGGAAUCCUGAAGAAGCGCUCCAGCCUAGAUGAGUCGCGGUACUACUCCCGCUCCCAUUCACCGGAUGAACGGAGCAUACUGAUCAAGUCGGCGCGUAGGAACUCCCUCGAGGAAGCAGGCACAGGACUGAGUCCCGCCCAGAGCCAUGGAAUUCUGAAGCAGAGCAGCUACGACAGCAACAAGAGCGAUGGAUGCCCCUCGGCGGCGGAGAGUCAGCCGCACAGCAUACUGAAGAAGAAGGACUCGCUGUCGACGCCCUCGGAUGGGGGAUGCCACAAGCAUGUGUCCAUCUCGCAGGCGGUGACACUGGCAGCCGCUGAACUGGCGGCCCAUCACGAUGGCAGCUUCGGGCUGGAGGAUGUGGCAGUGGAUGCCGACGGUCAUGAGAUCCGACCCAUUCUGAAGCAGGAGAGCACCUCCAGCGAGGAGGCAGUGCGUCCCCCGAAGCCCAUACUGAAGAAGAAAUCGUUUGGGGAGGCGGACGAGCACGAGGCGAUUCGACCGAUACUCAAGUCCUCCCGCAAGAGCAGUCGCGAUGAGUUCGAUUUGAGCGGAUUGGAUCACGAGGGCGGCACCGAUUCGCCCAUUCAUCCCAUACUCAAAACGGAUUCACCCUCCAAGCGUCGCUCGUUGGGCUCCUCACACGACCAGGACUCGCCCAGCCUCCUAAAGCGACGCACCCGCUCACUGGAGCGUCCGGAUGCGCCGCCCGUCAUUGAUUUGGCUGCAGCACUCGAUGCCAUCUCCACAUCGCAGGCGGCAGCUGCUCAACCCAGCAGCACGCCCGUGGAUUUUGUCACCACCCCGACGAGCAUAUCCGUGGCGGAGAGGAUUAAGCGCAUGGAAAUGCUCGCGACACCACCCUCCCGCCAGGCGGGUGGCAUCAACAGCAGCUGGGAGUCGCCGCUGCAGCAGACACCAGUGAAAGCUGCAGAAGACGGCGAGGAAAGUCCUGCCCCGCGACUGCUGAAGCCCAGUGUCCUGCGAAGGGAUCUCCAGCGAGAGCGAUACAAAACGCAGCCAGUUACGAGCGAGGAGAAGAGUUUCUUCAAAGCCAACUCCACGCCCUUUGACAUCUCGUCGUCGGGCACGUCGGCCUUCAAGCCCACCAAACCGCUGGACAUUCGCCUGAGCCACGCCCAACAGCAGCAGCCACUAAUAUCGCCGAUAACUGGACAACCACUGAGCCACGUGCCAGCACCACUGCUGCUCUCCUCAUCGACACAUUCGGGGGCAGGAACGUCCUUCCGUUUGGCCCGCAGCUCCACGCAGCCCCUACAAUCUCCACGCGUCGUGCACUUGGCCACACAGGGCGGUGCACCCACUGCAUCCCCAGCCUCAUCACCGUCGCUGCUGCUGGCCCGCCAGCAUUCAAUCAACGACAGCGUCAAUCUCAGCGAACAGUUGACCCUCUCCGUGGGCACGGACAGUGAGCACAUCUUCGAGAUGUCCGGACUGGAGGAGGACUCGGCCAUACAGUCGCUGAGCGACGAAGUAUCCACCUCUGCAUCUGCAUCUGCCACGGCAACCGCAACCGCAACCACAACGCCAGCCAGUGGUUUGGCUCGCAGCAAUAGUGUUCGGGACAGGGCCAAUAUGUUCCAGCAAUUGCAGCAGGACCAGUCGUCGCGCAAUCGUCGGUCUGAGGCAGCAGCAGCUGCAGCAGCAUCAGCAUCAGCCGGAGAGCAGUCAACGCCACGUGCAGCGGGACGCCAAUUAUCGCCUGGAAAUAUCACAAAUCCUGUGGAAAUAUCGUCGCUCAAUGAUGAUCCAAUGACGCCAAAUAAUACACAAGAUGAGGAAUUUGGCAAACAACCCUCCGAACCAUUGAAAGGCAUCCUCAAGAGCAAACCGUUGGCUGGUCCCAUGGGUCGUGGCCUCAUGCCCGUGGAUCUCAAUGCUGAGCUGAAGAAUCGCCUGAAACGCUCCACCCAUGCCACCGUCUCGAAUCUACGCAAGUCGGCAACCACUGCAGAUGCCACACGUGCCGAUGAGGUGGACAAUCCGCAGAGGAACCUGGCGCAAAUACUGCGAAAUGUGUCCAAGGAGAAUGCCAACACCAACACACCGAAGCACGAUGAUGCCGUGAAUCUGGUGAGGAAUCUCGCCACGCUGGGACAGUCUCGGGCGGCGGCCAGCGAGGAUGUGGCGGCCGGUAAUUGUGCCUCGGCAUCGGAGGGCGAGAGUUCUGGGGGUCGCGAAAUCGAGGCGAUUAUCAAGAACAGUGCUGUGGCACGACGUCGUCGCCAGCAGCAACAACAACAACAGCAGCAGCAGCAACAGCCACAGCCUCCAGAUGGCAAUCCGCUCAUUGCAAAAAGUAAAAGUCACUCGGGCAUAUCAGCAGCACCAGCAGCAGCAGCACCUCUGCCACCCAGCAUUGGCGGCAGCAUCGUUGGCCCCCAGUUGCCCCCACUUGGCAGCGGUUUCGUCAAGUUGCGACAUGUAGCAGAGGAGCACGAGGAGCAGCAGCCCAGCACAUCGUCAGCGUCAGCGAAGGAAUCACCAAAGCAAUCAUCGCAAUCAGCGAGCGAUAAGCAGCAGACAGCUGAGGAGCAGCAAACAACAGAAGACACAUCGAAUCCCACUGCUCUGCCCCAGUUUCUGCAAGGCGUGCGUCGCUCAUCGACCCAGGUCAUGGGGCCCGAUCAGCGCACACUUUCGAUGGCCAAGACCACCUCCAUUGCGGAUCGUCUGGCGGCGCUGCAGAAGAGCGGCGAGGAUGGCUGGCGGAAACGCAUCUCGAAGCGCGACGAAGUCGAUGAUAUACGCCGCGAAAACUUUGUAAACGAGUCGCUCUCUCUGGCCCACUCGCUGUCGGACAAGCCGCUGCCACCCUCGCCACUGAUACCCAACAGCCUCGAGGGCGGCAAGGUCUCCGAUCGCUUGGGCAAACUCAAAUCCAACUCGGAGAACUGGAAGCAGCGCAUAGAACAAACCGAUGCCAAGAAGUUCACAGUCGCUGGACGACUGCAGAAGAAGGCCCAGUCCCCCGUGGAGCUGCAGUUCGAGCGCUCUACCAACGAUGCGGCCAAAAAGUGCCCCAUGCUGGAGGUGCGCAGUGCCAAUCAGCCGCAACUGGGCCUGGCCAAGAGCCCCUCCAUGAUGGUGACCAGCAGCAGCGCUAACCCCAAGACUACGCUGCGCAGCCUCAGCGUCAAUCCCGAGGAGGAGAUCUCCACCUUGAGCCGCUCGAACAGCAGCAGCUCCGACUCGGAUGGGGAGCGCAGCUCGCCGCAGAAUGCCAAGCAGAACAAGGAGCUGGCCAACAACAAGAGUGCGGCGGCGCCCACAAAUGUGGGCGCGAGGAUACAGGUGCCCCGGCUGGACGACAAGGAGACCUUCGAGAACUUCUUUGCCACGCAGCCCACAGCCACAGCCUCACAGCAGCAGGAGAGCGCACAGGUGGAGAUCAGUGCCUUCGAUGACAUAAAGCCGACAGAGCGUUUGGUGAGCAAACGGCAUGUGCAGGGACCCAAGGGCCGUCGUGCUGCCCGCAAUCCCCUCAAGAGCCUGGCGGCACGCAGCGACAUCACAUCGGAGUACACGGAACUGCGCACAGGAGUGGCCGAGCGGGAGAUGCGGCGUCUCAAGCUGGAGUCAUUUGGACAGCAUGGAAAUGGAAAUCUGGCUGCCGAAGCCAUUGCCGGACUGGCCUCCAUAGAGGACUUCAAGGCGGUGGCCUUGCGGUCAUCCUCGCUGCCACUGCAGCAGAUGUGGCUGCCCCACAAGCCGGUGAUGCUGCUGCACGUUAAGGGGCGCACCCAUGUCCAGACCCGUCUGGUGGCGCCCAUCCACACGUCGCUGAAUCGCGGCGACUGCUUCAUUCUAGUCUCGGGCUCCCAGCUCUAUCGCUAUGUGGGCUCCUUUGCGAACGUCAUUGAGAUCUCGCGCAGCAAGAAGAUCUGCGCCGCCAUCGUGGAGAACAAGGAUCUGGGCUGCACGGCCAGCCAGGAGGUGAUCCUCUCGGAUGGCAAGUUCGUGAACGAGCGCCAGUGGCGCCAGUUCUGGAAGCUGCUCGGCAAGCCAGAGGAGGAGCCGUACGAGAUUCCCGAAUGCGGCCAUGCGGACGAGGACGAUGUGUUCGAGAGCAGUCUGAUCGAGACAAACAAGAUCUACGAGUUCCAGGACGACGCCCUCAUCCCCCUGGACAAGUACUGGGGCUGCAUCCCCAAGGUGGACAUGCUGGACACCCGCAAGGUGCUCGUCUUUGACUUUGGCAGCGAGCUGUACGUGUGGAAUGGCAAGAACGCCUCGUCGGAUGCUAAGAGGGCAGCCAUGCGACUGGCCCAGGAGCACUUUGUGGCCAAGGACUCGGCCGACUAUGCCCAGUGCUACCUGAAUCCCCUCAACUACGUCGCCAUUGUGGGUCGCCGGGAGAGCACCACGUACGCCAAGCGAUGCGCCGAACGGCCGGACUGGUGCGUGCUCGGCAAGAUUACGCAGAACAUGGAGACGGCGCUGUUCAAGGAGAAGUUCAGCGACUGGCCGGAGCUGGAGCGGGAGGAUCUGGAGAAGGACUACCUGGCGAACGGCGUCCAUGUGGUGCGCGCCCUCAAUGGCGCGGCCCUGCACAAGGGUGAGCCCUACCAGGAGCCCAAUCUGGUGCUGGAGCAGUCGAACCUCGGACGCGGCAACUUCUACUACGACAACGACACGAUGCGGCACUUCGAUGUCAUCACCAAGUCCACCGACAAGUGGCAGAUACACGAGUUCAACUUCGAUGCGGCCAAUGCGCGCGAGGAUUACGGCCACUUCUACUCCGCCGAGAGCUACAUUGUGCGCUGGAUCUACCAGAUAUCGGUGACCGUGCGAGAGCUGAGCGGAAAGGUGUCCAACCGGAGCACCGUCGGUCGCGAUCGUUGCGUCUACUUCACGUGGCAGGGACAGGACUCGAGUGCCAAUGAGAAGGGUGCCGCCGCUCUCUUGACUGUGGAACUGGACAAGGAGAAGGGCUCCCAGCUGCUGGUGGCCCAGGGAGACGAGGGCACGGCCUUCGUGCGUCUGUUCCGCCAGCUGUGGCAGCACCGCGGACGCAAGGAGCAGUGCCUGGAGAAGCGCAACCAGUGGCGACUCUACCAGCUGCAGGGCAAUGUACCCGAGGAGACGCUGCUGAAGGAAGUGGCCUGCCAGUCGCAACAGCUGCGAUCCCGCAGCUCCAUGCUCAUGAUCCACGGCAGCCAGGGUCUCGUAAUCGUCUGGCAUGGCGCGAAGAGCGCCCCACACUCGCGGAGUGUGGCCCUGGAGGCUGCCCAGGAGGUAGUCAAGCAACUGCCCAAGGAUCUCUUCAGUUGUGAGAGUGCGGCCACGGCCAUCCUCACCGAGGUAGCGGAGGGAGCCGAGAGCGAGGACUGCAAGAAGGCCUUGGGAUUGGGAGAGCAGCGCGCGGACUAUGGCAGCCUGCUGGAGGCCACCAAAUCCUACGACUACCAGCUGAGGAUCUUCAACUUCUCCAGCACCCAGGGAGUGUUCAAGGCCUUGGAGCUGAGCGAUCCUCUGCGGUGCCAGGAUAUGCACAGUCCGUACCCGUUUAGCCAGGCCCAACUCUACAACGCCCGACAGCCGACCAUCUUCCUGCUGGAUGAUGGCGACGAGCUGUGGCUCUGGAUGGGAUGGUGGCCCCUUGAGGAUGUGAAGAUUAAUACGGAUGAGAGAAGCAGCCCCACCAAUGACAAUCGGGCUGGUGUUAAUCGCUGGAUCUCAGAGAGACGCGCUGCCCUCGAGACGGCCGUCGACUAUUGGCGUGCCAAGCACGGCGAGAACGUGAAGGAAGCCUUCCAUGGCGUCAAAGGUCAGGUGGUCUGGGCCGGCCUAGAGCCGUUGGCAUUCAGGGCCCUCUUUCCGGAAUGGAAUGAGCGUGCCGAUGUCAGGGAAAUCAACGUAGAGGAUGGCCGUUCGGAUGAUAUCGUCGAAAUCAGCACAAUGCUGGCACAAAUGACACAGACAGAGUAUCCGUUGGAGGUGCUCAAGGGGCGACCACUGCCCGAGGGCGUGGAGCCGACGCGACUGGAGGUCUACUUGAAUGCCGAGGACUUCCAGGUGGCCCUCGGCUGUAGCCGGGCGGAGUUCGAGCAGCUGCCCAUCUGGAAGCAGACCAAGCUGAAGAAGGAGCGGGGCCUGUUCUAGGAGAGAGGCACAAUGCAACCAUAUAGACUUGAACACAAUCACAAACCACAAACACACACACACACACACACACUUUUCUAAGCACACUUUUUGUAUGCGGCGAUGCUUUUGCAACGGGCACAGACAUAGCUUACUAUAUACCAUAGUAUAUAUACAUAUAUCUAUACAAGUAUCAUAUACACACGUGCGCAUAUCCCUCUAUGUACUCUCUAUUUUACACACACCACAUACGAUACAUACAUAUACAUAUAUUCGAUAUAUAAACUUUUAUAUGUAUGUACAUAUAUAUAGGCAAGCAGGCGACACUGCACGACUAUUAUGCAAGUGCACGAUGCCAGGCAAUAAAUAACUUCAAAUCGCUUCAUUCGACAACCAACUCAACUCAACGCAUCUGUUCAGAGUCCAUCGAUUUUACCUGUACAUAAUAUUAAGUUGAUUUGUUUUAAAAUUAUUUUAUUUUACUGUAUUAUUAUUAUUUGAACGAUUUAACGAAAUUGCAUUUGUUCAAUCUCCGCAAACACACACCAAAAAGAAAAAAAGCAACGAGCUCUCGUUAUUUCAUUGUUUAAAUUUCGAAAUCAUUUUAGUGCUAGCUUUAUUCUCCUAAUUUAAUAUCUAUGGCCUAUGUAUUUGUGUUUUUAUUAUGUUAAAAACGAUUACGUACAUUUAAUUAUUAUUUUUUUAUUAAAUAACAC